AAAAUAAACAGAACAGAGGUCAAAAUUUGAGACGAGGUUUGACCUAUUUUCCAAAAUUGUUCUUCAAAAUAACGUUAAGACACAGCCCAUCAUCGUUGUAUCGGAGAGAGAUUGAAUCCUUGCAGGUUUUAGAACCCUAUAUAUAUAGAGAGAGAGACAUUCAUCUGAUAAACAUGCACACGGAGAGAGAUUAGAACCCCUUGCAGGUUUUCGGCUAUCGGAAAAAUUCGUUCGGCGCUUCCUAGGUGAACUUGAUUGGUCGUUCUUCGAAUUCUAUUUCCAUUGAUUGACUCAACUGACCCAUGACGAACCCUAUUGAUACGUUUGCCAGAGAUUGACCCGGAAACUACGCUGUCGUAUUGAGCGGGGAAGGCAAGGCGUGCAUCAACAUGGUUCAUUUCGGCACGUGAAGGGUCCAAAAACCGCCGGAGAGGAGUUAGAAGACUGCCGGAUUAUAAGAGAGAGAAAUUAUACGUUUGUUUUUCGAUAUUGUGCAAAGGAAUAUCAGGAGGUUACAGAGAGAAAAACAUUUAGAGAGAGAGAGAGAUGGGGGGAUGUUGUUCGGAUGUGAGGGGAGGGCAACAGGCGGUGGGAGGGGCCCAGCAAACGACAGGGAAUAAAGGUGGUGGUGGGAACAACGACGCUGUAGACUUUUUCUUCAAGACCAAAGGUCUUCACGCUCUCUGCACUCCAAUCGAGUUAUCUUUAUCAGCUACAAAAUUACGCGACCGUGACAUUGUUUCUAAGAGUGAUCCUAUGGCAGUAGUUUAUAAAAAGAACAUGGAUGGAUCACUUGAGGAGCUUGGUCGCUCGGAAGUGGUAAUGAACUCUUUGGAUCCUGCAUGGAUUGAGAAAAUUAAUGUUUCUUAUCAGUUCGAGAUACUGCAGCCCUUGGUCUUUCAUGUGUACGAUGUUGAUACAAAAUACCACAAUUUACCUGCGAAGAUGUUGAAGUUGAAGGAUCAAGAAUUUCUUGGUGAAGCCAGUUGUGUGCUCUCUGAGAUAGUUACUAAACAAAGUCGGAGAUUGACUCUAAAGCUUCAGAACAAACAUGGGCGCAGUGGUCUGAAAAACUUGGGGACACUUACUGUCCAUGCAGAGGAAACUGUUGCUUCAAGGAAUGCUGUUGAGAUAACAUUUCGUUGUUCACACUUGGAAAACAAGGACCUAUUUUCCAUGAGCGAUCCUUUCCUAAGGAUUUCUAGGAUUGUUGAGAAUGGAGGUUCUGUACCAAUUUGUAAAACAGAAGUUGUGACCAACAACUUGAAUCCACUUUGGAAGCCCCUAUCUCUUACUACACAACAAUUCGGAAGCAAGGAAAAUCCGUUGGUUAUCGAGUGUUUUGAUUUCAAUGGCAAUGGCAGUCAUGUAUUAAUCGGUAAACUGCAAAAGUCAGUCGCAGAUCUUGAAAAAAUUCACAACGAAAAAGUUGGUGCAAAUCUUAUCUCGCCACCUUCUCGUCUCCGAAAUCAUGAGAAGGUUCUGAAGAGCCAACUGUUUGUGGAUAGAAUUGUUGAGAAGAAACUGAACAGUUUUCUUGAUUAUAUCUCUAAUGGAUUCGAGCUUAACUUUAUGGUAGCUGUUGAUUUUACUGCUUCAAAUGGUAAUCCACUAAGUCGAGAUUCUUUGCACUACAUUGAUCCGUCAGGGAGGUUGAAUGCCUACCAGCAGGCCAUAAUGGAGGUUGGGGAGGUUAUACAAUUUUAUGACUCUGAUAGGCGGUUUCCUGCUUGGGGCUUUGGUGGAAGGACAUAUGAUGGUUCAGUAUCUCAUUGUUUUAACUUGAAUGGAGGUGCAGGUUGUGUUGAGGUUGAAGGAGUAGAAGGCAUCAUGGCUUCUUAUGCUAGUGCUUUGCAUAACGUUACGCUUGCUGGACCCACUUUAUUCGGUCAAGUGAUCAACACAGCUGCCGAAAUUGCUUCUCGUUCGCUCUCCCACAAUAGCAGCAAGUAUUUUGUCUUGCUUAUUAUAACGGAUGGAGUCGUUACUGAUCUCCAAGAAACUAAAGAUGCUUUGGUAAGAGCAUCUGAUCUACCACUUUCAAUUCUGAUUGUUGGAGUGGGUGGCGCAGAUUUCAAACAAAUGGAGAUACUUGAUGCUGACACUGGGCGUCGAUUGGAGAGUUCUACAGGAAGGGUAGCCACACGGGAUAUUGUGCAGUUUGUUCCAAUGCGUGAAGUGCAUGGUGGACAGAUUACCGUUGUUCAGGGUCUAUUGGAAGAGCUACCUGGUCAGUUCUUGACUUACAUGCGGAGUAGAAACAUCGAACCGCAUGCUGCUAAUUUGCCUCCAGCUCCUUCUGCUCAAGAUCAUCAUCCCUAUGGUGUCUGAAUUUCACUAAAAAGAAAAUCCAACAUGUGGAGUAAAUGCCUCUCGUUUCUUGUUACGAUAUACCGUGUAUAUUGCAUGCUUUUAUACGUACUUGUAUAAAGAUGAACAUAUGUGGAUAGUGAACAGAAAAAGAAAAAUGGAGGAGGACAGCAAAGAGAAAAAAAUCGUGCAUGGUUGGGAAAGUCCAAUUAUCUUGGCUUCGCAAACCGCGAUCUGAAUUUUUUUGUUGUUCUGGUCUGAUUCUCAAAUCAUUUUUUAAUGUGAAAUGUUGGAAUAUAAUACAAUGAGAAAAAUCUCAAGGGUUGGCCUG